UGCCGUUGUGACUCCACUGGUUGGCCGGGAGAAUUACUGAAGUGCAUUGGCAACCGGGCCGACGAUGAGACCAUACCACGCGGAAGAUCAAAAGGAGAAUCUUCACCCACACCACGAACUUUACCAAUGGGCUUCAAUUCAAAGCCCCCUUCGGCAAGUCUGGCUCACUAUGAGGCUGGCGCCGUUCCAUACAAGACAAGAGCACUAAUGACAAAGCCGUCUAAAAGGGAUUGA